AUGCCUCGAGCUCGCAAGCAUCGAGCAGGCCCAUCUCACGCUACACACCUCCCAGCACAUCGCUAUCAGCCCACCGGCCAGCCCACCGAGCAGGCAACACAGCCCCGUCUCUUCUGGCCUGGCUUUCGACGUCGCCGAAUUCAAGAAGCCAAAUCGCAGCUCAAGGCUGCGGGCCCUUCUGACCACCAUGACGAUGAGAACGAGGCAGAAGGCGAGACCUUCCACGUAGGUGACGUGGUAAUGGUCAAGCACACCACGCCCCUCCCCGUCGUCGGCCUCAUCACCCAGAUCUGGACCAUCCCCGGCGCACAGCAGGAGGAGGACGAAGAAGAGGACGGAGACGACGAAGAGGACUUUGUCCCCCUCUGGUGCAAGAUUCGCUUCUUCUACUGGCCAGAGCUCCUCUCUGGCCCCACAAAGACUCGCAUGCGAGGCCUCUGGGACAAGGUGGAGAUCUACUACACGCAUCGCCUCCCACGCUUGAUGCCCUCUUCUCGCAAGUCGAAUCGCAGUCUUGCGGCCGCCGAGCUGCCCUUCGAGGAUGACUUUCAGCUUGGACCAAGUCUGCUGGAGAGCGACGGCUUCACUGUUACCGAGAUCCUGGGCCGAGCGCACAUCCAUCCAAAUGUCGAAGCGGCCAACGAGGCAGCGCGCGUGGACACCCGAGCCCUUCUACAUCAGGGGAAGGUGGUACCUCGCCACCUCUUCUGCAACAAGGCCGUAGACCCGAUGAAGGAGCUCUUCUGGCACGUCGACUACUCCGCCAUCUACGAGAAGGGAAAAGAGGGAAGAGGAUGGGACGUGCCUGUCAAGGAGAGCGAUUUCAAGGGAAGAGCAUUGACUGAGUGGGCGGAUGCGGAGAAGAAGAGGCUGGGCAUCACCACAACCACUGGAGGACGAAAGGUGACGGUCAAACCGCUCAAGAAGCAGGCACCUGUGAAGAAGGUCCGGCGAGCUAGUUUGAGCGAGUCGGAGGAGAGCAGCUCAAGUGACGAGGACGGGGAUGGGGGACGCAGCGAUGAUGGCGACUUCCACAGCAGCGGGUCAGAGGACAGCGACGAGAGCGAGAGCGAGGAUGAGGAUGACGCUUCAACCGCAGCCACGUCCGACUACGAAGACGACGACGAAGGCUGGACCGCACGCAAGCGCAAACGCGCACCAACGAGCUAUCGGGCACCCGCACCUCGCGCCCGCCGUCAAGUCGACCUACGUCGUUCAGCUCGCGAGCAGCUACAAGACCGCAACCAGGCCACUUCCUCUGGCGCAUUGCUGCCCGAUCCAAUCUCCUCCCUACCCUACGGAUUCGCCUCUGUCGCCUCCCUCAAUUUUAUGACACCAACGGAACGAGCUCUGCGCCUCCUGCACGUUUCCACCACGCCUUCACGCCUGCCUUGCCGCACAAAGCAAGCCGAGGACCUGCUCUGCCUCCUAGAGGACUCGCUCGAUACGGGCAUCGGGUCGUGCAUCUACAUCUCCGGCGUGCCAGGAACGGGCAAGACGGCAACUGUGCGCGGCGUCAUUUCGCAGCUGCAGCGUCGGGCCGAGGUUGGGCAGGUGAAUCCCUUCGACUUCCUCGAGAUCAACGGAAUGCGGGUGGCGGACGCGGGCGAGGCGUAUUCGAUGUUGUGGAGCGUGGUAGGCGCUAGCGGGGGUGGGGGGCGACGAAGCCCGAAAGCAGCGCUGGGCUUGCUGUCGCGCCACUACGCCGCUACAUCUAGCAGCGCAGGUUUGGGACCAGGAAGGGCAGCGACCAUUGUCCUCAUGGACGAACUUGACCAGCUCCUCACCUCGAGGCAGGAUGUUAUGUACAACCUCUUCAACUGGCCGUCUGCCCGCAACUCGAGGCUAAUCGUCAUUGCGGUCGCCAACACGAUGGACCUGCCGGAGAGGACCAUGUCCGCGAAAGUGGCCAGCAGGCUAGGUAUGACGCGUAUCACCUUCAUGCCGUAUGCCGAUAAGGAGUUGGGGGAAAUUGUCAGGUCGAGAUUGAGAGCUCCUGAGCCCAGGCGUGACGAUGAGGAAGACGUGUUAGGGGAGAUGGAGAAUGAGCAGGAGAGUGCAGAACAGCACGCACUCCUUACCGCAGCCACGGCAGGAUGCGAGCCCCUUUUCGCCAACGAAGCGAUCACGUACGCGGCGAAGCGCAUCAGCAACGUAUCAGGCGAUGCUCGACGCAUGUUGGACGUCUGUCGUCGCUCACUCGAGUCCGUGUCCUCGACGGAGGGCUCACGCGUCACAAUCGCAGACGUGCGAGCAGUACUGGACGGCAUGGUCAAGUCUUCGCGGCCGAGCCACAUCUCUCGCUCCCUCUCGCUGCAUGGAAAGGUACUGCUGGUAUCGCUGCUGGCAUUGUUGCGCAAGACUGGCCUAGCAGAGAUCUCCCUCGCCGAUCUGAGCAACCAUCAUCGCGCCCUCUGUCGGCUGCACGACGUUGGUUCCCUCUCCAACAACAACACCGCUUCCUCAUCCGUAGCACUUCUCGCUCUCAACCAACUCGUGUCCCUCGGCCUCGUCAUUCUCGUGGGCAGCGCAACAGGACCGGGCAAGGCGGCAGGGCAGGGUCGCGUACUGCUUUCGACAUCAUUGCGGGAGGACGAGGUGCGGCUUGCGCUCGAGGGAGAUGAGGACCGCAGGGUCAGGGGUGCGGGUGGGGAUCGCGUCCUGAGCGAGGAAGAGGAGGAAGCGGGCCGUACACUCGUUGGCUUCCAGGCACAACGACGCGUUUGCGGCGUUAAAACGGCAAGCGGCAUCCGUGACGGGCCGUCUGUUGGAGUUGGAUACGGCAGUUGCGCCGACGAUCAAGCAACAUUGAUCACUCGUGGGCUGUGUGACUCGCUGCUGGCUUCUUGCUUCUCAAUCCAAUCCUCCAUCCUCAUCUUUGAUACCACCCCUCUGUUCGCGAUGCGCUUUUUCGUCACUACGACUGCACUGCUGCUCAGCCUCGCUUCGACUGGCUGGGCGGCACAGUACCCUACGCCCAACAAUCUGCCUGCCAAGACGGCCCCCGGCCAGACGGGCUUCAAUGACUGCCGCAAGCGAUGGGGCGAUUCGAGCCCCGACUCGCUCUGCCAGAACGCCUACGUCAAUGAUAUCAACACUUGGUGCAUCUUCGCCCCUGCUACCGUCAACACCGUGGGCAAUGCUGAGGCUGACACGGUGGCAUACUGCACCAAGAAGGGCUUCGGCACCCGUAUCAUCCCACCUGGUACUGUCAAGGGCUUGCAAUUCAUCAAGGUCGGCGACGAGUAUCUCCAACUCACCGCAGUAGGAGACUUUACCAAGAUCAAACUGAAAGCCCACGAUGACGGAGGAGAGCUGGACAAUGCAGGCGCAGAUAACGUCGGCAACCCCCGCGGUGGCAAAGUCUUCACAAACGCCUUCAAGGGACACUACGAGCGCUCCAUCCACUGGCACAUGUUCCUCGGGUACAACGAGAUGUCCAUGCGUAUCUGCUCGCGUCGCGGGGAUAUGCGCAACUGCCCUCACAUAUACGACGAACAGGGGAGUCAAUGGAACGACCCAGGCGUAUACGAAUCAGGCCAUUUCGAGCACUGCCAAGGCGAGCGAAGCAAAUUCCCCGGCAUCUACAAUGGCAAGCAGUGGUUCCAGCACGACGGCGAGGCUCCUCCCGCUCACAAACCUGGCAAGACGUUCAACUGCGUCCAGCAGCCAGGAAUUUACGGUCUCGGGGGCCAUAUUGCCCAGAAGGACGUUCCUGGGUCGUAGGUGCGGCGAGAGACCUCGUCAUGAACUCCCUAGGCUGCGGACACUAGUCUCUCCUCCCUUGAUCCGAUAAUGUCGCUUGUUUCCCCCUACUCUUCCCUUG